AUGAAAGUCUAUUUGUUACUAAUACUAAACAAAUCAGGUGGUCUUAUAUACCAAAAGGAAUUUCAAUCAGGUCUAUCCAAACUCACUGCUAAUGACUACUUAGUAUUAGCAGGUACAUUACAUGGGGUUCAUGCCAUUGGAGCAAAACUUACUUCAAAUAUAAUAGAUAAAAAUUUUAAAGGUAACAACACUUUAGAAGAGUUGAAUUCACAACAUAAUGCUCAGAUUUUAUCAACUGGAAAACAACAAAAUUCAAACUGUAAUAUUUAUGGCCUCAAGAAUAUUGAAACUGAGUUUUUUAAUUUAUAUAUUUAUCAAACUGUUAGUGGAUUAAAAUUUAUUAUAAUUACAAAACCAAAUUUAAAUCCUAUGGAAUUGAAUAUUUUGAACGAUGAAUUCAAGAAUUUAUAUGUUGCUUAUAGUGAUUAUGUGAUGAAAAAUCCAUUUUAUUCGUUGGAUAUGCCGAUUAAGAGUCAAUUAUUUGAUAAUAAAGUGAAAGAGAUAUUGAUAUAA